ACGUAUUUUGACAUUGGUUUAUGUAUCUCUAACAUUAAAAGUUAAUUUAUUAAUUAUUAUAAUACGUCAUUUAAAGCAAUUCAAAAAUGUGAAGGACAACAAUUAUUAACUAUUUAUCUUAUCAUUUCUACGUAUAUCACGUUUGAUCAGUAUCAAAUACAAAUAGUGCUGCACUUAUAUGGAUUAAAUAAUUUAAAUGAACCCUCUUUUGAAUAAUUUCAGCUACCAUGGGUGCCACAAAGACCAUCAAUUUAAUUUACAUAAUUUCUUUUAUGGACUUAUUUGCUGUUGGAUUAACAUUUCCUCUAUUUGGUAAUUAUUUGAGAGACCUGGGGGCGUCACAUACCACUAUAGGAUUAAUUUCUUCAGCAUAUUCUGCAAUUCAAGUUUUGUCGGGACCUCUCAUAGGUAGUUGGAGUGAUAUUAGAGAUAGGAGAACUGUUUUAAAAUGGACUCUAUUAAUGUGUGCAGGAUGUUAUGGUCUUUUAGGAACAACAAAGUCAAUUGUUUUUAUACUUUUACUGAGGUUUCUCUUAGGUGUAGUCAAACAUACUCAAAGUAUCUGUAAAGCUGUGAUAACUGAUUUGGUUUCUCCAGAGGAACAAAAUGACAUUUUCGGAAAAUCUGCUUCAGUUGCUUCAUUAGGAUUUAUUGUUGGACCAUUUGUUGGAGGAAAUCUAUCGGAGUUAAACCAUGGAUUCACAUAUGUGUGCAUACUUACUGGAUUACUCUUUAUUAUUAAUUAUGUUUGUGCCUGUUAUCUACCAGAAAAUACCAAAGGAAGCAAACCACAAAACUCAACCAACAACGCCAUUGGCUGGCAAACCAUCACAGCUGAAUUCAAAAAAUCUGUUAAUGAAAUAGUGUCUAUUGAUUGGAAGGUUCAUUGGGAUACCUUCCUUCUAAAAUUUCUCUUAGGUUUGACCAUAACAGUGUACUUUUCAAAUCAAGCCAUUUAUUUACGAGAAACAUUCCAAAUGUCCCAGAAACACAUUGGAUAUAUGAUCUCUUUGUUCAGUACAAUAGGAAUGAUAUCUGGAUUGUGUCUAAAAAAAGUGGAUAGUUUCUUAAAUAACGUGGAUGUGUACGCAAAGAUGGGUGUAUGGUUUGGAGUUUUAGCCCUCUGUUUCAUAGCAAUGUACCUAUCCCCGAAUUUUGUAGUGUUUAUGUUUUUCCUCGCACCACUCUCUCUGGCGGCCACAGCCAUGAGAGUUGCCAGCAUGGAAUUGAUGUUCAAGAAGACAGAAGCCUUGCAUCGAGGAUCACUGUCUGGAGCUUCGAACAGUGUUAUGUCAGUGGCGAGGUUUAUGACUCCCUUGUUUACUGGGAUCACUAGUGACAUUUUUAGUGAGAAAUCUGUGAUGUUAAUAGCAGUUUUUCCUGCUAGCAUAGGAAUGUUUGUUAGUUUAUACACAAAGAGAAAAUAUGAUAAAACUGUUAAAAAUAAAUAGUAUUUUGUUGUU